AUGAACGAGAUCUCGGACAGGCAGACUGAGCAGAUCAACAAGAUGAUGAACGAGAUCUCGAACAAGCUACUGACUGCAACGCAGCGCUACCCAUCCCACGACGAAACCACCAAGCCAACCACUAAGGCGAAAACCAGCCGACCGCGAGCUACCGACUCCUCCCAUGGUCCAGAUAGAGACAUGUCGGAAGCCACCACUACCAGACGGGGCCGUACCACCUCCACUAAGAGCCGACCAACUUUAAACUCCAGAACCCCGCUACCCUGGAACAAGGUGGCGGGGACAACGAACCCACCAAUGAGAGUGGGAAGAAGAAAGGACCAAGUGGUGAUCAGCGAGCACCCACCACUACCGGAGGAGACCACCACACCCAGUAUCACUCUGGACGACCAGGACAUGAAAGCCCUAUGGGAGCCGAAACCACCGCAAACUGUCGAGGUGACUGCGGUUACACUGAACAAGGUCAAGCCGCGACAGAUGUUUCCAGCGAAAGAAUGGAGGAACCUGCUGAAGAAACACGAGAUACACCCCGUGGCCAUUUGGUUCCCGUGGAGAACCUCGGUGGAGAUUUUAAUCAGAACCGAGGAACUAUCCAAGAUGAGAGCGCUAACACAUGCUAUGAACAGAGAAGCCCAACUAUUAGACCCCACGAAGAGGAGAGACGGCCAACCAGGACCCCUGUCUCAGGCGGCGCUAACCACAGCAAUCAAUAUAAGACUACAGGACCUGCAGUACGAAAGACAUUGGACGGCCAGACACUACCUGGAGCAGACCAUCAGGAAACUGAUAGAUCUACUGCCAGACGACCUCAACAAGACAAUGCUCUACCACAAGCUCAACACAGCCACCUCGCCACCAACGACUGCCACCGAGGCGAGCAACCCCUUCUUACCCAUCUAG